UAUUUGCAGGCAACAUUUCCGCCCUGCUAAUCCCGCACCGAGUUCCAAGAAGGGCCUCAUUUUGGAACUUCCCCGGGGAUGACCUGGUGGUUCACCCGCCUUCAUGUUUUGAAGAGGGAUGAAAGCCAAGACCGUUUAGAGCAGAGUGUCCCAGGGUGUCAUGGAAGGGCUGCUGACAGGAUGCAGAACACUGUCUGCCUUAGCUGCCUGCAGCCGCCAGCACUUCAGGUACGUUAUCCACAAGUGUCACCACUGUGCGGCAGGGAGAGGGCAGCGCUUGGUGUUGUCCCGCAUGUUCCAGCUGCAGAACCUUCGGGAGGACCAGGUGCUUUCUCUAGAGGGCAAAGCUAGCGACUUGACCUGUAAGAGUCAGCGACUGAUGCUGCAAGUGGGCCUGAUCCUCCCAGCAAGCCCCGGCUGUUACCACCUCAUGCCGUACACAGUCCGUGCCAUGGAGAAGCUUGUGCGGGUGAUAGACCAGGAGAUGCAGGCCAUCGGGGGGCAGAAGAUCAACAUGCCCACCCUGAGCCCAGCUGAGCUGUGGCGAGCCACCAGCCGCUGGGACCUGAUGGGCAAGGAGCUGCUGAGACUGAGAGACAGGCAUGGCAAAGAGUACUGCUUGGGACCAACUCAUGAGGAAGCAGUGACAGCCCUGGUCGCCUCCCAGAAGACACUGUCCUACAAGCAGCUUCCCUUACGGCUGUACCAGGUUACGAGAAAGUUCCGGGAUGAGCCUAGGCCCCGUUUCGGUCUCCUCCGUGGCCGGGAAUUUUAUAUGAAGGACAUGUACACCUUUGACCCCUCCUCUGAGGCGGCUCAGGAGACCUAUGGGCUGGUGUGUGAUGCCUACUGUAGGCUGUUUGACAGGCUGGGGUUGCGAUGGAUGAAGGCCAGGGCAGAUGUGGGCAGCAUCGGGGGCACACUGUCCCACGAAUUCCAGCUACCAGUGGACAUUGGAGAAGACCGGCUUGUCAUCUGCCCCAGCUGCCACUUCGCAGCCAACACAGAGCUACUAGACUUGUCACAAAAACUCUGCCCUGAUUGCCAGGGUCCACUGACAGAAACCAAAGGCAUCGAGGUGGGGCACACGUUCUACCUCGGUACUAAAUACUCCUCCAUUUUCAACGCCCAGUUUAUCAAUGCCCACGGGGAACCUUCACUGGCCGAAAUGGGAUGCUAUGGCCUGGGAGUCACUCGGAUCCUGGCUGCUGCCAUUGAAGCUCUUUCUACGGAAGACUGCAUCCGCUGGCCCAGCCUCCUGGCUCCUUACCAAGUCUGCCUCAUCCCUCCAAAGAAGGGCAGUAAGGAUGCAGCAGCCACGGAGAUGGCGGAACACUUGUACGAUGACAUCACAGGGGCAGUGGCUCAGCUCCGAGGGGAGGUCCUGCUGGACGACAGGACCCACCUGACCAUCGGAAACAGACUGAAAGACGCCGACAAGCUAGGCUAUCCCUUUGUGAUCAUUGCCGGCAGGAGAGCCCUGGAGGACCCUGCACACUUUGAGGUUUGGUGCCAGAACACUGGGGAGGUGGUCUUCCUCACCAAAGAGGGAGUCCUGGAACUACUGGCUGCUGUGCGUGUUGUCUGAGGGCCCAACCACACGUGUCCCCAGGCUUGGUGUCCACUG